AGCAUAUGAUGUUCAAGAUGGUAUCAAAAAUUCUUGAAAACUAAUCUAUUAUUGCUGUAAAUAAACAACCCCAUAGUAUUUUGGCAGUUAAGCAAUUAGAGACUAUAGCAGAAUACAAAGAUUUUGUCAAAUAUUUAGAGGAUGAUUCAGUUUGCCUUGAUUUGGUUAAAAAACUGAGUUUUUUAGGCGCAGAAGAUUAUAAACAGCUGACAAGAUUGGUUAUGAAUAUAUUAUUUACAAAUACCCUAUUGGCACAGUUUAAUUUAAAAGGUUCUGGUGAAAAAAUUGGUUUAUUAUCAACGAAGCUAUAUGAUGUAAUAGAAGAAUCUGGUCGCAAAACAUUGAAACUUGGUUCAGUUCCAACAUUGAAUUUACCUGUGAAAUCACAUGAAACAUUCACAACUGAGCGAAGAAAACUUGAAAAAGUUUGUAUUAAUAAACCGAAAACCAAAAAAGCUGUUUGUUACAAGCACUGGGAAGACUUUGUGUCUCGUGCAACAAAAUUAAAGAAUGUAUAUAACUGGCAGGUUACAAUUGACGAUAACAAGCAAAUUGCUCAGUUUAAAAAUUUUGAGAUACCAUUUUCUCUACCGAAGUGCGAAGUGAUUGUAAAUGAUUCUUUGGAAUUUACAUGUUUGUUGUUUGGUUGGAAACUUCCAGAUGAUCAUAUAAUUUACAAAGAUUUUAAACGAAGUAUGACAAAUGUAUUGAUACAGAACUUACUGCAAAAAAUAUCAUUGCUCAAUGUUUGCAAAGGAAUUGAUCAAGAAAUAAUAAAUUCCAGCGUAUUGAAUCAUGUUAUACCUUUUGAUUACGACCUUGAUACAAUAUCUCCUAUGCAAUAUAAAGAGUUAAAAAGACAUAAAGAUUGUAGGGUUUUACAUGAAGAAAGUGAAUGUGAUAUUUGUAAAAAAGUUAAAAUAUUAAUGAAAAAACAAUUUAAAUUUAAAAUAAAGAUUGAUAACACUGCAGCAAAGUUAAAAGCUUCUCUUACAAAAACAUCAAAGAAAAGAAUUGUUCUUGCAUUACAACAAGAACGAGUUAAAACCAAAGAAUUAAAAGAAAAAAUUUAUCGAAUGAGAAAAGAAAUUGAUGCAAAGGGUGUGGAACUCAACAAAGAUUUUAUUAAUGAUAUAAAUCACAUUAUGGAUUCCAACAACCAGAAUAUGACUCCAUUUAUGAAAUUAUUCUGGGAAGAGCAAAAAAAAGCUUCUACUAAUCAGAAGAGUUUAAAAUAUCAUCCUAUGAUUAUCAGAUUCUGCUUAUCCCUUUUCAUGAAAUCAGCAUCAGCAUAUGAUGAACUUAGGAAUUCCAUGAUACUCACUCUGCCAAGUCGGAGGACUCUUAGUGAUUAUAAAAAUGCAAUACGUCCAUCAGUCGGGUUCAAUCCUAAUGUAAUUGAAGAACUCAAACUGAUCACUAACAACUUAAAUGAUGUUCAAAGAUUUAUAGUACUUUCUUUUGAUGAAAUCAAAAUUAGUGAAAAUUUAGUGUAUGACAAGCACUCAAAUGAGCUUAUUGGCUUUGUUGAUCUUGGAGAUCCGCAUCUAAAUUAUAGCACUUUCAAAGACAUUGAUGACCUUGCUUCUCACUGCUUAGUUUACUAUAUUAGAGGUGUUGCUUUCGAUUUAAAGUUUGCUUUGGCAUAUUUUGCUACUAAAGGUGUUACUGCAAGUCAAAUUAUGUCUACUUUUUGGAAAGCAGUGUCUGUGUUGGAAUUAGAGUGUGCUCUUAAAGUAAUUGCUGCUGUGUCUGAUGGUGCUUCUCCAAAUCGACUGUUCUACAAAAUGCACAAAGGGAUGGAUAACAUUGAAUCAUUUGUUGUGUACCGUUCAAAAAAUAUAUUUGCAGACCGCUACAUAUAUUUUUUUUCUGAUGCACCACAUCUUAUAAAAACAUUUAGAAAUUCAUUGCAUCAUUCUGGAGAUAGUGAAAAUCAUACACGUAAUUUAUGGAAUGAACAAAAAGUUAUAUGGAGUUAUUUCGUGAAAUUAGUAAAUGAUGAUAUUUUCAGAGAUUUAAAGUUGCUGCCUAAAUUGACCUUAGAGCAUGUUCAAUUAAAUUCUUUUUCUGUUAUGAAUGUUCGAUUAGCAGCUCAAAUUCUUAGCAAAAGCGUUUCAAAUGUCUUACGCUUAAAGUAUCCCACAGAAACCCAUGUAACAGCACAGAUAUGUGAAUUAAUGGAUAAAUUUUUUGAUUGUACGAUUACUCGAAAUCAAAAGGAAGGCAUUAUGAAAAGAAAAGAAUUUUUGUUGCCCUACCGCAAUGUUAACGAUGCUCGCUUUGAUUGGCUCAAGAACACUUUCCUAAAAUACUUUGAAACUUGGCAAGAAAAUAUUAAAAAUGGAACUGGGAAUUUCCAUCGGGGUGAACGUGAAAAAAUGUUUAUUUCAUUACAAACAUACGAAGGUCUCCAUAUAACUGUGAAUUCUUUAAUUGAAGUAACCAAGUUUUUAUUAACUAGCGGAAUACCUUUCGUAUUGACUGAACGUUUUACCCAAGAUGUCCUGGAGGAAUACUUUGGGAGGCAUCGCAGCCUUGGUCGCCGAAAUGAUAACCCUACCCUCAUUCAGUUGGGAUACCAAUCAAAUGCUAUCAGAAUGCAACGAUCUGUAGCACCUGUUACUGGAAAUACCAUAGGAGCUCAUAUACAAAAGCGUAAAGUAUCGUGGAGAAUCGCUUCUGAUGAACCAUUAGGAAAAAGGUGUAAGAGCAAGAAAAAAAAACAACAGAAUCUGAGAACAUAUGAAAAUAAUUGAUGAUAUAUUUUUAAAUACAUAAUUUUAUUAAUAAAUAAACACAUAACAAGUGGCAUAUACCAUGCUUGUUA